ACACAGAAACACACACGUCCACGCACACAAGCAUACACGAACACACACUUAUACACACUCUCCGAGCUCUUCUCCGACAGAGGAGAGAGAGCGCGAGCGCAGAGAGAGAGAGAGAGAGAGAGAUAAACAGAGAGAGAGAGAGAGAUAAACAGAGGGAGAGAGAGAGAGACUAUAGGAACGCGGCGGCUUGUGUGUGCGUGCGUGCGUGCGUUCGCGCGUGUGUGAAGGUACGCUCGCUCGGUGGUAGAAACGACUGGCGGGGCGGAUAUGGAGGGGUUCGGGAAAAACGCUGGGAACUGACCGAGCACCGAGACGAAGAGAGGGACAGAGAGAGAGAGAGAGAGAGAUAAAGAACGGACGGACAUCACGGAAGGAAGGAAGGAAGGAAAGGAGGAGAGGAGAGGAGGAGAGAUAGAAGUCUGACAGAGGAGCGGAAGACUGUGAAGAACGGGCUCGUCUGGAACACAGAAGGAUCCUAAGUGAGCCCUGGGCUGGAUGGGACCCAUCAUGCCCCCCAGUAAGAAGGCCCAAAGCCCCAGUAGUGGAGCCAGUGCCUCGCAGGGUAUGAGCCCGUCGUAUCGGCAGGGGGACGCCGCCACAGCCGCGUCCGAGGCGGAAGCGGCUGACCUCUCCCUGUCCCUGUCCGCCUCCUUCUCCAAGGCCGAGGAUGAGGAGCUCACCAGCCUCUCCUGGCUCCACGAGAGCACCGACCUCCUCAACAGCUUCAGCCACUCGGGGCUGCGUAGCGUCUCCCCCCUGCAGGACCCCGACGGUCAGCACGCCCGCUCUCCCUCGUCCUCGUCUCCCUCCCCGGACGACCCCCUGCUCGGCGACGCACACUCGGCGUACGACUUGGCGGCAGGGGCCAACAGGAAACCGCCGUACUCCUUCAGCUGCCUGAUCUUCAUGGCCAUCGAGGACGCGCCAAAUAAGCGGCUGCCUGUGAAGGAUAUCUACGGCUGGAUCCUGGAGCACUUUCCUUACUUUGCUAGCGCCCCCACUGGCUGGAAGAACUCAGUGCGCCACAAUCUGUCGCUCAACAAGUGCUUCAAGAAGGUGGAUAAAGACCGGAGUCAGAGCAUAGGCAAAGGCUCUCUGUGGUCCAUAGACCCGGAGUACCGGCACAACCUGAUCCAGGCGCUGAAGAAGACGCCGUACCACCCCUACUCGCCCGGCCUGGCCACGCCCUCCACCUCCCCUCCCACCCUGACUCAGACGUUUCACCACAGUCCUCCAUUGUGGUCGGGGAAUCCCCUCUUCAGAAAGAACGGAGGAGUUCUCCUACAAGUUCCUCGUGGUGUGAUCCAAAAUGGCGCUCGUGUCAGGAGCCAGGCGCUCUUCCCUGUGAUAAGACCCCUACCUGUAAGCCCUGUGGGGAGCAGGACCUCGGCCAUACGAUCAUCCCUGGGAGAUUAUCUCAGCCGAGGACAGGACAGCCCGUCCCGGUACUCUCCUCCGCUCUGCAGCGAGGACCUCCAGGACGACCACACUUACAGCACGGCCAAAUCCCCCAGCAGGCUGUGCUCCUCCGGAGUCGGCAGCCCUUCCUCUCCCCUGGACGACGACGACGACGACGACAUCAUCGCCGUGGAGAUCCAGUCAGACGUCAAACCCGAGCCCCGGGAGAUCCCGCUGGAUUCUCACAUCACCGCUGCCGCCGCCACCUACAUUUCCCAGCAGGCCCUGCGCGGACAGAGACGUAGUUUGGGGCCGGGAGCUGGGACUCCUGCGGGAAGCAGUUUGCCCUGGACCAAAAACCGAGCAAGGGGCAUUAGCGACACGCUGCCGCUGAAGAAGCGGCGCGCGGCGGCGGUGGAGAAGCCGCCGGAGAGCGACGACGAGGAGAUGAAGGAGGCGGCGGGGUCGCUGCUCCACCUGGCGGGGGUCAGAGCCUGUCUCAACAACAUCACAAACCGCACCGCCAAGGGCCAGAAGGAGCAGAAAGAGGCCCUGAGAAACUAGUACAUGGUCAUGCAAACACACACAGACGCUAUACAGCUGAAAGCACGCACGCACACACACACACACACACACACACACACACAAAUAGGUCAACAGGUAACGUUACUACAGCAUUAGUCUCAACAGACACUUCUCAUCUCCCUCUAUCUAUCUGCAGGGCAUUAGGUGAAUCCUACUUAUUUGUGGCAAUAUCAAAAAUCUAUGUUUUCCUACAUGUUCAGCAACACUAACAUCAAUGGGUAUUUCUCAUGUGUCUUUGUUGUUUUUGUUGUUUAAAAGGGGAUGAAAGCCAUAAAAAAAAAACCGCAUGUUUUGUCACUAAUUUGGACAAGUUGAACACGACAAAACCGAAUCACAUUGAGGAGCGUGCAGUACAUAAACACAGAAGAUGGCUGUUUGUUUGUUUCUAUGUGAAUCUGUAGCAAUCUCGCAGUGAUGCCAGCAAAGAGGGCGGAGCCUAUUCAACGAGACUUAGCGCUCCCGCGGCCGCUCGCUGGCAUCACUCUCCGACAUCCACGAGCACAAAUGUGAGACUGUGCCAAAGAUAAGCGACCAGGUUGCUUCAUGUAGCCGAUACGACAGCUGACAAAAAAAGAAGAAGGCAUAGUGGUAAAGGAGAGCUGGGGAGAAUGACCUAAAGCGUCACAAUAAUUGUAAAACCCAAUGUGAUAUAUAAUCAUGCACUUAAGAUUAUUUAACACCACUUAUAAUAGAAGCAUCAUGGGUAAAGACAUGGUUUAUUUCAAGAGCACUCAUAGUAUUUAAGAAUAGAUAUUUAAAAAAAUAAAAAAAUGGUCAUGUUUUAUCACCAUAGAGAUGGAUAGUGUGCCGGGUCUGAGGCAAUAUCUCCUUCAUUUUGUUGUUGUUGUUGCAUAAUGUAAACGUCCCUGAAACUUCCCCAGUACUUCUGUCCAUAGAUGUAGACACCUGGUAUAGAUAUCGUAGCUACCAGUAGCUACCACACCUUCCUCUUCAUUUAACAAUGUCAAAGAACUAUAUACAUGAACUGUGGGUUUAGAUUUCUGUUUGUGUCUGUUUACCCUCAUAAAGAUAUAAGCAAUUUGUCCCGUGUGGACAACUCUGUAAAAAGGUUAGAAAAUAUUUUAUUUUUUUCCUUUCUUAAUUGAAGCAAUUUGACCUGCAGGACUUUCUCAGUUAUAUUGCAUGGGUGCUUGUAAAUAAGAUAAAAAGCAAAUCUUUUUUAUUCAAAGAUCAUGUAAGAUAAACAAUGUAUUUAGCAUGAAGCAUGACUUAUUUUCAUAUAAACCUUGUUCCUAGAGGAAAGAAAAAAAGUUUUGCCGCCAAUUCUUAUACCCGUGAUUAUAUUGGAAUUUUUUUUUUUUUUUUUUUUUUUUUUUGAAUCUUUUGGGUUCUUUUUUUUCUGAGUGGGCUUUCAAAGACACGUCUUCAGGGAGGAGCGUGGGGGAUCACUCUGCACCUCUGGGCUUCGGGUUCAGGCUAUGUAGGCCAGCUGAAUCACCUCUUAGGGGUGGGCUUCCGUCUUCUUCUGCCUGUACAGUGAUUUUUAGGUGUUCAAUGUUAACCCCAGUGUUAUUUCAGAACACAUGUGUAGAGUGUGUGUGUGAGUUGGUGUGCCCAGGAGCACACACCCUUUAACAUUGUGCCUGCCUGCCUGCCUGCCCUCAGUACCUCUGUUGUCAUGUCUCUGACAUGUUUUCACAGAACGUUCCUUGUCUUUAUUUAUAACAGUAUUGAUUUUUUCUCUCCUGUGUGUAAAUGUACAUGUGUCCUUAUUUCCCAUCGGCAUUGUUCAGUGUAAAUGUAUGGAUCAGACAGGCAUGGGAAGCUGAAAGAACCUCAUAUCUCCAAAUAGGCUACUUAGAAAUAAUAUUGAAAAGGGAGAGGAAUGUAGGAGAUGGCAUAAUGAGAUCAUUUUUUAUUAUUAUUUACAUACAGUAUUGUUAACCCUUUGGUUAAAGGAGUUACAUGCCCUUGUGGAUGUCAAGCUUGCAUACAUAUUUAUCUCAAGAGCCCAAUCCGGAGAUCAGAGGGUUUUUUAAAUAUAUUUUGCCACUCUACAAAGAGUAUGAGAAUCUCACUUAGGAUCAAGAAAACACUGACUUGAUUGAAAUCCACAAGGGCAGUAGUGAGAUUUGACAUUUUUGCAUCAGAAGUAAUAUAAAUGCUGCACUGCCAUGAUUCGGCACGCUUUUGCUGAAACAGAAAUGCAUAAAUGUAUUAUAAUUUCCCCCGCACUUGCAGAGAUGCAGUGCAAACCAAAAAAAAAGCAGCUCUGGAGGACAAAACAUCAGCUGUUUGGUUGUAGCAGCGGCCACGCCAGAGUUUUGUUUCAGCUCAAUGGACGUUGAGUGAUUGUCAGCGAGACAAGCAGGCCAACGAAUGCAUGACCCAUCCACCGGUACAGUCUUUAGCCACCUGUAGCAUGCAUCACUGGCUUUGCAUUGUGUAUGGUAUCCAUGCCGGCUAUGUACAAAACGAAGGCUAAGAGGAGACACCGUCAGUGUUCUUGUUCGGUGCCAUGCGUCUCUCGUCUGAUAUCUGUCCCACGGCCCGGGUCGGCAACAAUCCACUGUCGCGGUGACUGAUAAUGUGUUCAGCUGGCGAGAGGCAUGUCGAGGGGGGAAUGUGUUGCUUUAGCAACCACCUUUUUUCUUCUGACUCACUCGGCGGCGUGCAGGAAGGAUGAACUCCUGACCUACGAGUCCUGGAAGAAAAGAGCAACACAUAAGAAAUACCUUGGACAGUUCAAAGCAAAGGAAAAGCCCUCCAAAUCAAGUGUUUGUUCCAAACAUGCCAAACAUAACAAUGAAAUGCUCAAAAAGAUGCCGUUGCCAUGUUAUGAUUUUAUGUUUUUAUGCACAUUUUUUAUUUUAUGUUCUGUUUUCUUUAUUGACAAAAUUAUCUACAAUACUGCCAUUAUUUCUUAGGUGACUGUCCGAGCUGAAUAUUGGAAAGCCAUAGGUUAGAGAUGUCAAAAUGCAAAACUGUUAUUGAUCUGUGAGAUGUGAUGCAGAGUGCACCGGGGUGUUGGUUUUUUUUUUUUUCAGUAAAUGUUAAAUUCUCUCCUUAUUGUGCAAUCAUAUUGCCAAAGAAUGAUUUUAAGACCUAUUUCAUCACUACAUGUAAAUAUCAACGUUGUCCAAUACCGUGGCAAAAAAUAUAUAAAUGUUGUUUUAUUUUGUUUUCCAUUUCCUGAAAAACUGCAAUGAUGUUUAUGUGAUGUAUUGUCUUCCAGUUGGUUGCAAUAAUAAAAAAUACAAGUUGC